CUUGAUUUUAUGUGAGAAAGAUGCUCUCUUGGUGAUGAACAUCUAGGAACUAAAUGAACAGUGCGAGCGCCCUCAGAUGAUUCAUGGGCUGCUGGACCAAAUCCAGCCUUGCGUGUCAGAUGACGAGGACGAGCAGCCCGAGAUCGACUUCGUGUUCUCAGGCGAUGCCGCGCGCUGCAAGACUCUGGUGAUUUGCGGAGCUGGACCGGCCAGUGCAUUCGCCCUCCAAGCAUUUGCACUGCAACCGCUGUCUUGGUCACUGGAUCCGGAGGAGGCUUCUGCCAGAGCCUUCCCGCCGCUGCCCAAGUCGCCCAAGUUCUUCCAGGUUCCGGCUUCUGAGGGUGUCGUGGUGGCCCUGCUAGAGGCGCAAGUCCCAGCAGAAUAUGCCGUGACUUGGGCGGAGAAGCUUCUGCUUUCCGUGGAGGGAGCGCAGGUUCUCUUGCUGGAUCGCAUCCUGAGAUCUGAAUGGUGCAAAUGCCCACGGCCUGAGGAGCCUUUCCUUGCAGGCUUGUGGACCUCUGCUUGGCUUGGAAGGACAGACAUUCCUGCUUUGCCGGCUCCGAAUGUGGUACAGGGCCUCGUCGCUGCUGUUCUGACUUGUUGUGAAGCCAGAUCGACCGCAUGCAUCGUGGCUUUGACGUUGCAGGAUGGAGCUCAUUUGUCCGAGAGCUGCUUGCAAGGCUAUGAGGCCUUGGUGCCCAUCCUGCAAGAUCUUCAGGUUGUGGAGACUUGGCACAGACCGAAUUAUCGCCAGGCUGUGCAGAAGGUCGUACCGCCGGCUUCGAUGUCCAUCUAUGCCUAGGGCCAUCGGAGAAAAAGACCUUCGCUCCAUUUGGACCCUCGGAGACGACUGGAGAAUCCGUUCGAGAAAACGCGGAGAUCACGGCGAACAGCAAGUUGUUGGUGAUGCAUUUCACGAGGAAGUUGGGCCUUGAAGUUGUGUGAUUUCGCAGGGAGCCAUUUCAAGCAAGAGGCAGUGCUACUUAUUUUGCGAACCG